UCAGGCGGCUGCGCACGCGCCGUCGGCCUCCCGUGCGCCGUCUCGCUCCGCGCUCAUCGUUGCAGACGCGUCCCGGGGAGCUGUCGUAGCCUCGCGCCGGGCGCUGCGGCUGCUGGCGACCGUUGCCGACCGUUGACAGCCCGCCCGCCAGCUCGCGGGGAGUAUGCCCGGCCGCGCCGCGCACCAGGAGGCGGCGGCGGCGGCAGCGGCAGCAGAGCCCACUGCAGCCGGAGGCAGCGCGGGGGCCGCCGCGCAGCAGGAGCAGCGGGGCCUGGCGGGCGCCUUCCCGCUGGUGCUGAAGAAGCUGAUGGAGAACCCGCCGCGGGAGGCUCGCCUAGAUAAAGAGAAGGAGAAGAUAAAGCUUGAGGAAGAUGAGGCAGCAGCUGCCAGCACUAUGGCAGUUUCGGCUUCCCUUAUGCCACCCAUUUGGGACAAAACUAUUCCUUACGAUGGCGAGUCUUUCCACCUGGAGUACAUGGAUCUGGAUGAGUUCCUGCUGGAGAAUGGAAUUCCUUCCAGCCCUACUCACCUGGAUUUGAAUCAGAAUCCACUCUUGCCUGUGGCUGAGCUGGAAGGAAAGGAGUCUGCCAGUGUUUCCACUGGUUCUCCUGCAUCAUCCUCUUCCACUGCAGUUUACCAGCAAUCUGAAGCAGCCUCCAGCACAGAGUCCCCACCACAAAAUGAGAGAAAUACUCCCAGCCCCAUUGAUCCUGACUGCGUAGAAGUUGAGGUGAAUUUUAACCCUGACCCUGCUGAUUUAGUGCUGUCCAGUGUGCCUGGUGGUGAGCUCUUCAAUCCUCGCAAACACAAGUUUACUGAGGAGGACCUGAAACCACAACCAAUGAUUAAAAAAGCCAAGAAGGUCUUUGUCCCAGAUGAGCAAAAGGAUGAAAAAUAUUGGACAAGGCGAAAGAAGAACAAUGUGGCAGCAAAGCGUUCUCGUGAUGCUCGGCGGUUAAAGGAGAAUCAGAUCACAAUUCGGGCAGCCUUUCUUGAGAAAGAGAACACAGCCCUGAGGACGGAGGUUGCAGAGCUGCGCAAGGAAGUGGGACGAUGCAAGAACAUUGUUUCUAAAUACGAGACCAGAUACGGACCCUUGGUGGUGUGUGGUGGUGAUGGUGGGAAGUAUGUUAUAAAUAAAUUGUCACACUUAACACUUUGCUUUGUUUAAAGUGACUUAUCUGAUUCCGAGUGAUGCAACUUUAAAGACUUUUAAAAACAAAGAAACUAAAAAGCACACAUGAAUCGCCAGUCUUCAGAGUGCGCAGUGAAAUCUAUGAGGUGUCCCAACACAAACAACUGACGAUGACCCUGCCUGCCUGCUUGCCUGCAAGUACCCCAUCUGAACUACCCAGGGCUGGGCAUGAUGAAAAGUGCAAAGUCUCCUUAAUUCUGUAUAUGGCUUUCUUAUCUAUCUUUCUCACUGUAACUAUGAACUACAAUAAGCUUACUUACUGGGGUUUUGUCAAGACUCUCAAAGUUCAUGUCUCAAAGUCUGUUGACAGCCUGUGUGAAUAGUGACUCUUUGGUUUGGCGCUCAAGUGGAGGACAACAGGGAGUUUUCAAUGAAAGUGUUUGUAUAUAUUAAGAACUGCUAUAUUUUAAGAUUUUUCCCUGCAGUAGAAUGAAUUUUAUUUAAUACUGCAGCUCACUUCUGGUACAGUGUAGCGUCUUGUGGAGUACUGAGUGCAGAAUUAAUGACAUGAGGAAAACAGUCUGCAAUGUGUGAGACUUCCAGUGCAGAAAAGUACAGCAGAUGUACUGAAACAAUCCAGAAAGCACCACAGUGUGCCAUACAAAGAGUAGUAGUAAACCUCUAUCAAAUGACCCACGUAAUAGUAAACCACUUCGGUUGCUUUCCUGCUCCACUGCUGUAACCUACCUUUUCCUUUGUUUCUUUUAUGAAGGUUGCUUUCUUUUAUGGUAUCUUACUGAAACAAUCUAUCCUUCUGUUAACAAUUUAGCAAUCAUGGAAAAGGUGCUAGUCUGAGCUGCUGAUCCCCAUGUCUCUUGGCAGUCUGAAAUGACCAAAUGAGUAUUAGCUCUAGCAACACAAUUGAUAUUAGCGGCCAUAUUAAAAUUUUCUGUCUCAACUACAUGAGAACUGUUUUAUAAAACUGAAACAGCCAACGAUUUCCCAGUUACAACAGGCAGCUUAAGUAUCGAGACCCUUGUGCUGCUGUGGGAGAGUAGAUGAGAGCUUGGACAGGUUGUGAGGAUGUUUAUUGUGUGUAGAAGAUGGAGGAAGUAAGUGGAAGCUACUUUGUAAGAGUUUCAUCAGUGCAACAAGGAUCUACUCGUAUUAAGGAAGCUUAAGAGCUAAACCUGUGUAGGAAGAAAAAGAGUAUUUAAUUCUUGGGAAAGUAGUACAGGGCCAUGCUUGUAGCCAAAAUGGAGCUUGUAAGACAGGAGUGUAUUCAUGCCUGGAGAGUGAGAAACAGCAUACACCUCAAAAAAUAAUCUUGAAAAACAUUCAGAAGCACAAGUGCUGGAAUUAUGAGGCACAACUAGUUACCAGCAAAGCUCAACACUGUCAUGUUGAACGAGUAUUUUGACUUUGCAUUUAGCCAAGAGAUUCCACCCCCAAUUAUAGAGCAGAAAGGCAAAGAGAAAAAGGUGCAAAGAAGCAGCUAAUGUAAACUUCAUUUUAAAAAAAAUAAUAAAAAAGCUAGAAUGCAUAACCUUUGUAAAGAGCAUAUGUAGUUAUCGACCUGUUAUUUUUAAUGGACCAUGUUCUGAAGUCAAGAAGGUGCUUUUAGCUUUUUUGCUAGUAACAAAAGUAUGAGUAUAUUGUUUUAAUUUGGGAUUUUAAAGUGAUGAGAUAAUCUUGGGGUAUUCUCUUCAAAUAAAUGUAUAGUUUAUCUCCAUGUUGCUGAAAUAUCAGCACAUAUCUUACCUGUGUCAAGUAUUGCUGAUUUGGGCUGAUAUUUUUGGUCUCUACUGUUCUUUGUUGUUUUAUUUUGGUGAUAAAGGCUGAACCUUGGAUUCCAAAAAAAACCAACAGAAAAACAAAAAACCCACAAACCCAAACCAAACAACCAGCCCUGACAGCAUGUAAACGUAGCAACUCUACUUGCAUUUAUCAUAUGUAAAUUUCUAAUUAGUUUUGAAUGGCUGUCCUUGCAAGUCCUGCUUCCUGUUUAAAUCACAGAGCUAAAGGGUGUAUUGUAACUGGGCAAGGAGUUGCUAGUCCUUCUUUUGGGUCUUUGCUGCCUUACUGCUUCAGGAAUAUCUUUUAAAUACUUACAUAUUGUAUACAGGAUUUGAUUUUGCAGUAUGUCAUGCUGUUUUAACAGCAAAAUAUUCCAUCAGUGAGAUUACUAUGUGUAAUUCUAUUAACUUUUCACGUUGUGUUAGAAGCCUACACAAUGAAAACUAACAGUGAAUGUUCAUUAGAUACUUUUCUCAGAGAAGACUGUUGGAAAACUCUUGUGCUUCCCUGUACGACAGUGCAAAUUUGCACGUUCUGGGAUUCAUGUGUCUACAGGUUGCAAAACUGGAAAAUUGCACUUUAGAGUGAGUGCGGCUUAACUUUUGUAGUUGGAGAAAUAUAUAUUUUUUUUAAGAGGCAACAUCUUUAAAGAUAGAUGAGAAGGUAGUAACUAUUUAAAGGAGUGUAGGUAUUGCCAGACAAAAAAUUAUGUGCAAUGCUGAAUUCCUUUCUCAGUUUUUGCAGUCUCAGGAAUUUAAUCUUACUGCUUCAGAGCUCUCUGUUCCUCUCAGAAUUAUUAACUAUAUAACCUUGUUUCUUUGACUAGGAUGACAAUCCUAUCCGUGACAACUUGGGUGUGUUUUCAUAGUGGUUGUAAGACCACCAAUACUCUUUUAGCUCAAUUUGAACGUGAAAAGAUGCUGAAUUGAUGAGUUUGAAGUUCUUUAGCCUUGGAACAUGCUCUGUAGAGGCCAUAAGUCUGCUUGAUGCCAAUGUACCCCAUUCCAGCCCUAAAGGGACCAUCUCCAGGGGGAGAGAAUAAAGGGAGUGCACCUUUCAGCAUCACUGCAGGGAUUGCCAGUAAAGGGAGCAGGUUUUGACACAGCUGUACGUUCAUUAGGAAGUGGAUUGACACAGAACAGCCAUUUCACAGUACUAACUUGGAAAAUACAUAAACUGUUGAUGAGAUUUGUGGGCAAUGAGUGUUGUAUUCUACAGAAGAAAUAGGCUAUGAAUAAAUGAUGUGCAACAUUUAAUACAGUGUUGCUUUCAUACAUAGUCUUCUAAUCUACUACACAGUUACAUCUCUUACAAUAAUGCAGUUUUGUGUUUAAAAAUUCCGUAGAAGCUCAGUCUUUUGCCUGUUGCCAAGAUCUGUUCCCACUGAAGCCAGUAACAAAGAUCUCACUAACUCCCACAGGAAAAAGUCUUUACUCUUGUGUGGCUAUCGUAAAGUUUUAGCAAGCGCUGAAGUCAUUGAAUGUCUUUGCUUUACUCUAGAAGGUUCUGUGCUGGGAUCAGAUUGGAUGGAUCUCAGAUUGCAGUAUGUAAUGUUGGUAAAUCAGCACUUGCUGAUUUACAGUUAGUGAUAGUUUUGAUAUUCAGAUAAUCUGGAUUCUGCUUUUUUUUUUCCUUUUGCCCUGCAUGGACAGGGUGAAAAAGUAGUGUGCUAUAAACUUGUGCUGGGAGAAGAAAUGUUGUUGGUUUGUUUUUUUUUAAAAAAAAAGUGGAUUUUUGCAGUUCUUCUAGUAACUUUUACUGUCUUUUCUGACAAUUCUCCACUUCCCUGCUGUGCUUUUGAAAGUCCAAGGUGUUCUAGCUGUAAAAAUCACUUCCAGUAUUAUCUGCAAGACUGCUACUAAUUGUACUAAAUUCAAGCUGGGAGGUGUAGUGAAAGGCCAGCAGCUCUAGGAAUACUGUAAUAAAACCACUUGGGUGGAAAACAUAUUUUUUUGUAGACAGCAGAAGUGAGGGACUCGCACAGAAGAGAAUAUUGCUGCUUCAGCCUUAUAAGCCUCCUCAGCAUAGCAGGGCUUUGUUCCUUGUGAUCAGAUGCCUUGAUUUUUAGCGGAAAUGGAGGUAUCUUGGAUCUUUGCAAAAUCCAGAUAGGAUUUUGUUCACCCUCGUGGUUUUAGCUGCUAAACACAAAGUGAGAAAUGCAAAUUUGUCUUAAUGGAUAGAUCUUACAUUUUUGGCAACCUUCAUCUAAAUCCAUAAACAGCACAAUCAUUUGCUAAUGCUAGUGUUUUGCCUUUGUAGCUCUACAAGACACUGGCUGGCUUUCUAGAAGUUCAGAUAAUUACUUUGAUCUGUAUAUCUGCCACUGUAAUAUAGUGGAGAUGGAUAAGUUCACCAUGAAAGGCUGGGAAAAUGGUGGAAAGAGUAGGUUUAACUAAACUUCUGUGGAGAUACUGAUGGAGAAAUUACAAUGAGUUUAUUCGUGAUAACGCAGACUUGCCAUACAGAAUGUAUUUUCUUAGUUGGAUAGUAUGUGAUCCCCUAGUGAGCUGCUUUUGGAAUGCAAAGUUCUUAAAGUUCAAGCAGCUACAGGGGAAGAAGAAUUCUUUGAGGAAGAUGUGUGUAUAGAUACUUGGCAAAGAGAGUGAAGAAUGAAAGCAGAAAGAGAAUAGGGAUGCAUGAAUCUGACCUGAGCAAGAUUGCUAAAACUGAAGCUUCGCUGUUUACAAUUUUAGGCCAAUUUGGAUCCCCUCAGUUUAGCAUCAUACAGAAGAUAUGUAGUUGUUUAGGUUUUGGGCAUCUCCUUUUCUUGAUCUCAUUUCCACAGUACAGAAGAAAGUGGAAGGAAUAUAUGGAUAGGGAAGAGGAGAGUUAAUGCAGAAAGGCAUGAAAAAAUACCUGUUGCUUUAAAUGAGGGUGCUGUUGCACUGGGACUUGACCUGCCAAUGUCAACUGAUAGUCCUGUGUCAUGAGGAAAUUACUGUCGGAGGCCCCAAUAUUUUAAGGCCUCAAUUCUGCUGUCACUUCUGCAUGGGAUGAGCUCUGUGUCUGUAGAGCACCCAUGUGACUUAGCAGGAUCUGUUCUUGAAUGUGGAGCUCUGCCCAGGCAGUCAGCUGCAGAAUUGUGUCCUUAAUACACGAUCAGUUGUAGUUAUAAGGCUGUUUAUAUUCAAUGUAAUUUGCGUGCCUGUUACAUAGCCAAAACCCUUGCUACUUCAUUUUCCCAACUAAGGCAUGAGCAGAAGCCCUUUGCUGUACAUCAUCUGUUUAAAAAAAAAAAAAAAAAAAUUAAAAAAAAAGUGCUUCACAUAUGUCUAGUAAAUUAAGGCAUGUGAUAUUGGUCUGUGGGUCUCAACAAACUUUGCUUGUGUACCUGCCUGAAUGUUUUCUUAGCUCUGCAGCUAUGUCUCGGUGGGAAGGUAUGGUGGGAUUUGUUUUCUUGAGGGGGCACAGCAGCAGCUCACAUCUGUCAUGCUGUGGAUGACUGCUUGCUGCUGGCCAGGAUCAUGGAUGGAUGCAUCCUCUGCACUUUUAUGUGAAGUUGUCUGAAAUAUGGUGAUUAACAUGAUUAUUGGAAUACUGUAUUUUGUAUAACGUAGAACAUGUAAAUACACUUUUAAAACUAAUCUGUUCUAUGAAGUAAUAAAUAAGUGCUUCCAUUGUAAUACCUGAAUAUUGUUAAUGCUUCAUGUAGCUUGAUUUGGGAUUAUUUUUUUUCCUAGAGAACUACAGAAAUCAAAACAAAGAUUGAUGUUGUGGAAUUCUAGUCUAGUUGUGAUGCUUUCUAUCAACAAGAAAUGUUUUAAAAAUAAUACUGAGUUACUUAAGCAGAGAAACUGGGAAUUUGUGGGAAUGAAUUCUCUUCUAGUCUUUCUUUAACAGUAGCCACUGAUUCCAUUUAUAACUGUAACUCUUCCCAUCCCGUUAGCUGGACAGUGGAUCUGUUGUUUCUGAGUAGCACUUGGAAGGUGGCAAUAUUAAAUUAUUUGUAAAGCUUAGUGAUUGAGGAAAACUAAAGUUGGUUGGGGGUUUUGUGUAUGUGUGUGUUUUUUAAACUAUUCUCUUUUGGCUCAAACAGAUCUGUCUCUACCUUUCAGCCAGACUGCAGCAAGUUGCAAUGAAACACGAGUGUUGCUGAAACUCAUUUGUAACCUAACCUAGAUAGUCUGCAUCUUUAUUAGUUCUAUUGUGUACAUAGACGACACAAGUAUCCUGUUGUGGUGUGGAGAGAGAGAGAGAGAAAGUGACCUGAGGUUUUGCUGAGUACGUGUUCACUGAAUGCUGCACAGCUGGAACUUUCAUCAGCUUUCAUGACCUCUGCUAUCUCAUGUUAAAAACAACAGUGGAGUGAGAAUCACAAGCAGUCUGCUAGGAAAUGUGAACACUUGGGUUUUGGGGAGAAAGUGAGAUUGAUCUAUUUGCCUUCAUCUAAAGAUACUAGCUUGUGAUGACACUUUCUGCAGCCACAACAUAACUUCUUUGUCUUUAAUGCUGUACUGGUCCUCUCUGGUAAUGGCUGCAUCUGCAGUGUUCCAUAAAUGACAAAGCCACAACAUCUUUUGCAGUGGGCAGAGAUGGUGGCAUCUCUGUAGCUUUGUUUUUUCUUCUACUUUUUUUUUUUCUUCCCAUCUCAGUGUCUCUAGGCUGUAAAAUAGCUAUGAAACAGCUAAGCAUGUGUGCAGAUUAUUCAGAAAACUCUAUCCCUGUAAAGCUUUUUCAGGGACAUACAGUUUUUAACUAGGUAGAUUGAGGGAACUCCUGUCUGCUAUAUUUGGCCUGAAAUUCUGUUGCCUCUUGGGUAAAAGUUUUUUUGUUUUUUUUUUUUUCCUUUGCUUCAGGUGUGACACUGAUCUGUCCCAUUGGUUCAGUGGGAUGGAUGAUAAAUCUGCACAGUAUUUAUAUAAGAUAUAAAUCUGAUCUUAGUUUUACUGCUUGUGAAGUUGUUUAAUCUCUUGGAUGUUUACUCCUUGAGGUUGUCUAUAUAAUUCCUGUAAAUGUAGCCGCUUUUUGAAGCGGUCCAUCAAGUGCAUUUGAGAUCAUCCUGACUGAAAGAUUCUAUAGAAGUGAAAGAGAUAAUAAAGAUUGUAAAGCGGCUGGGUAAAAUUGUAUUGCCAUAAACGGUUUUAAUUUAUAUAAGGAUCUUUUGUCCCAAACUGCUUAUUUUGUACAUAAACCUACAUGCUCCUGGCAGCUGAUGGUGAAAAUAAAGGUGCUUAAACAGCAAUCUAAUGAGGAAAGGGCAUUUCACUGUUGCAGAGUUGGUAUUAUUUUAUAUUUCCAUUUAUUACACUUUUUUAAAUGUAUAAACCACAGAUUUGAAUUCUCAAAGUCUUCGGCUUGGAUUUUGUGAGUAGUUUAAAUCCUCUCACCUCUCUGCUCAUAACUGGUUUUUAAGAAAAAGAAAAGCUUUUGUUUAAAAUGUAAAAUUUUGACUGUAUUAAAUUCUGUUAGUACCCUUCCUUUUUAAGAAAUAAAAUGUAUAUUCCACUA